AUGUCCGCAAAAGUAUACCUCGGCCGCCUCCCCCCAGGCGUGCAAAAAGGCGAUGUCGAAGACUACUUUAGGGACUUCCGUAUCAGGGACAUUCGCCUCAUGGAUACGUUCGGAUUUGUUGAGUUUGAUCAGCCUCGAGACGCAGAAGACGCCAUCCGAGACUUCAACGGCAGGCCUUUGCUCGGCACCAAUAUUUCCGUGGAACCCACGCGUGAGAGGAGGCGCGAACCCUUCGACAAUCGUAGUGCUCCUCGAGCUGCUCCCCGUCAAGGUGUCCGAAUCAGCGUUACUGGGUUCACGGGAACUACCAGCUGGCAGGACCUCAAGGACUAUGGCCGUCUUGGCGGAAACAACAUCAUCUACGCCGACGUCGACAAGUACAACCCUGGUAAAGGCGUGAUUGAAUAUCCCACCAUGGAGGAAGCCACAGAGGCUAUCACCCGCCUUGCCGGCGUCGAUAUCAACGGCGCCCCUGUCACCCUCGAGAUCAUGUCUCCCGACUCUUAUGAGCGCAGGCCUACCUACGACCGUCGACCCCCUCGCGAGCACUACGAGGACCGCCGCCCCCCUCGCGAGCACUACGACGACCGCCGCCCUCCCCGUGGCUACAACGACCGUCCUCCUGUUCGUGACUCGCGGGACUAUUACGACCGCCCCCCUAGGGGCGACCCCUACGAAGACCGUCGACCUAGAGGCGACUACUACAAUGACCGCAGGGAGGACCGUUAUGCCAGAGAGCGGUCUCCCCGUCGGGACUAUCCUUCCAGGGAUGACUACACGGCCAGGGACAGCUAUCCUGCCAGGGAAGACUAUCCAGCAAGGGAGGACAUUCCGGCUCGGAACGAUGCCCGCAGGCGAGACGAUGAUAGGAGACACGAUGAUAGGAGACACGAUGACGACAGGAGGCGAGAGGACGUGCGACCUGCAACGGAUGCUUGA